GCUACAUUCGGUUGGACUCUAGCUCGGGUCCUCUCCGAGUUUCGUGUUUCAAUCUUUAUUUACUCGAAGAUCGUGAUCGUUCGUCUUCUAAAUAAAAUCGUCUCGAUCAGGAAAUUCUUUCUUCCAUUAUAUUUAUCAUUUUUUUAUCGUUCAGAUGUUUCUAUUUCUCACUGCACCGAAAAAUAGAACGAAAUGAAGAAAAAGAAAGAAACGGAAAAGUAGAUUUGUGGACGAAAAUCUGUGACACUGCCGAUAUUAUAUAUGGUAGAUGAAAAUUGGUGACAAGCGGACCUGUAAAGUGUAAUUUUCAAUCACAUAUCACUAAUCUCCGUUAUAUUAUUAUUAAAGGAAACCGGACAAUUCUCCUGGAAACUUUCCAGGCACUUUUGGCGUGAAAUUUUGCUACAUUGACCACAAACAUCAGUCGUGCUCGUAUUUCUCUCGCGAUAUAGUUUGACCAUUCAACGAUAUCAACCCUCGAUAAUCAAACUAUUUUGAAACAGUGUCGUAACCAAAAAAGGGAAAGAAAAAUAAUAAAGAUGUCGAAUAAAAAAUACUGUCGAAAGUUCGUAUAGGGAGGGGAAUUAUUAUUUCAGUUAGAACGAACAAAAGUGACAGCUACAUUACCGCGAGUGAUCGAGCGAACAAUGCACUGUAUUACGAAAUUUCCCCUCUCAGGAUUUUUCAGCGUGGGUUUCUUAUCAGAGAACGUUGACAAGUAGACCGAAAGAGACGUUUUGACUACGAGUGAAGGCCACGAUGGAACUAUUCCAAUACAUUGAAAGAAAAUCGACGGAGAAAAACGGUGUUUAAACUAAAGGUUUAUUGAAAGGAGAACUUCUUGCAUUUAUCCCAAUUAAAAGUGGACCAGGAUAUGUUCGUCACGGAAGGCAGGUGAUGCGGCGGAACAAUGGUUGGUUGGCCGUCCUGGCCGUUUCACUAUUGCUGUCGAUUCUACAUAACAGUUUAGCGGGUGAACGUUAUCCGCUCGAUUAUGAUAACGCCGAGCUGCCGGUUAACCUCAGCAAAACCACUUACGGAACUUACAACUCCAACGAACCAUCUUUAAACUCACGAAACUACUUAAAUCCUUCAUCGGUUCCAAUUUCAUCAAAAUCAUCGACCUCGACAACAACACCAUUACAAUCUCAUUUGCACAUCAAUAAGAAAAAUACUAUCUUGUCGAAAGGCGAGACGAAAGCAAUAACACGGCGAGCUACGAAACUCAGCGAUAUAAAUCUGCCUGGUGAAAACUUCAAUAACGAUCGGUCGAUCCAUGACGAUCUUCGCCAAUCCAAACUCGUCGAUCCCAACGAACGAUCUCGUAACGUUCGAGCAAGCGAGUCUAGUGAACAAGUUGUCGAAGGAUCGAACAGUCUCAGCUUGGAAAUUCCCGAACAACCGCAUUUAUCCUCCUGGAUACCUCGCGGCGCGAUAAGGAACAUAUCCAGGCGGAUCAACCGCGUGAGACUGUCUGAACCGUCUAAGACGCGAGAACAUAAAACGACGACGGAGGCGAUUCGAAGAGGAAGCGUGCUGCUGGACAAAGGAUAUUCGUAUUACGAUCACGUCAGAGCGAUUUCGCACGAUGACGAUUCGUUGACGACUUCCGAAGGGCAGAUCACAGGCGUUAAAAAACGAGAACGUUCAAUGAGAGAUUCUCAUCAAAGAAAAAGAUCUGAUAAAGCGAAUGCCCUGCAAAUUAUACCAAACAUUAGUCUAGGGGAGACUAAUUCUUUCAAGGAUUCGAAGAGCCAAGAUGAGAGACAGAAAGUCAUUAAGAAACGAUUUUUAACUGGCUACUCUGUGUUCUCUGUUUCUCUCAAUAGAAGGUUAAAUGGGAAUUUGAAAGCGAAUAAAUUGAUUAUUGCAAGAAAAUCGAAAGGCAGACGCGAGAAUGGUAAAAAGAGAUUUGGACGAUCGGUCCGGUAUCUGAAAAAGAAACCGAGUCGAAACAUAAAUCUCGAGCCGUGGUAUGCCCUGCGUGAUUCCAGUCUUUCGAAUAGCGAUCCACGAAAUGACAUAUUCAAGACAGGACGCGGUAACCAUCAUUCUUCGAGAGCCGAGGGUUUCCGGCACCAUUCAGCGUCUCAUAAAUCAAUAGCUGCGCGCCGUCACGCGGAGAAUACACGCGAAUUUAAUGGAAUCUCGCCGAAACAGAGAUCAACGAUAGGACACGACGACCUAGGAGACAAAGGCACCCAUUCUUCGUCGAUUCGAGAGAAGAGGAACUUCGUUCUAGCCGGUGAUGUUUCCGAUUCAUUGCCCAAAGAUGAAACUUUGGAGAAUGUUACUUUCCAUGGAACAAUGAAGAGUUCUUUGGAGAAUGAGAUAAACAACCACGAGGGAAAUAUCGUGGAAGAAUUGAAGUAUGAUUUAGUUCAAGAUAAUUUCACAGAAAAUUUGAUCGAUCAAAGGCAACACAAGUUAGAAGAAUUGGAUGGAAAUGAUACGAAAGUACACUCAGUUACUUUGAAGUUGAGGAAUGAAUCACAUUCAGAAAGACAUAAUUUCAGUAUUCAAAUAACUCAAGAUUCAAUUAACAGAACAAAAUUGGAAGAAUCCAGUGCAUCGGGUGGCAAUUAUUCAAAUUUAGUGGCAAAUAUUUUAACAUCGAGUAACGAAUCCAAUUUAAGGGGCGACGAUGUAAAUCCGGUUUCAGUUAGCAGAACAAAAUUAGAAGAAUCAAAUGUUGAAACUUAUUCACACCUAGAUUUAAUUAACCAAGCAACGUUAAAAGACGCGAAUACAUCAAAAGGUAAUUAUUCACGCUUAAUGACAAGUAUCUUCACAUUAACCAAUAAGUCUGAUUCAAUAAACCACGAUACAAAUUCAGAUUCAAUAAACAGAACAUUAGUAAAAUCGUAUAUUUCAAAUAGAAAUUAUUCAAAGACGAAUACAUUAAAGGCAAGCAACGAAUCUUCUUCCAUAAUCCAAGACACAAAUGAAAACUCGAUUGACAAAAUAGAAUUGAAGAAAUCGUUAAAUAAACAAAAAUUUGCAUCAACAGCGCCUACCACAAUUAAUUUGCGAUUAAACACAGACACUCGAAAUUCAAACAACGAAUCUGUGUUAAUGAGUCCGAAUACGAACAACGAUCUAAUUGAUGGAAUGGAAUUAGACGCGUCGUGGGCGGAGAUUGACGAGAGCCAGGAAGGCGCUAUUCAGACAGGCGAGGAAGAAAGGUCUAUGCUAAGUAGCGUGACAAAGGAGUCUGAGAACGUAUUCGUGAAUUCACCACGCGGCUCGGUUACGGCUCAAAGGAAUUCCACGCAUCUAAGGCACGAUAUGAACAGUCUAGCCGAAGGAAGCUUUGUCUUCAAGAGCAAUGGCCUCUUCCAGAUUACCGGAAGGAACGCUAACGAUCCAUUCAGUAACUCGUCAACGAUGCAACACGGAAGAAAAAUGGCCGAAAAUUUCAACGUAAAUACACUGCCUGAUCAAUUGCUUGUAAAUAAUGAGAAACAAACUGAGUCGAAACUGUCUUUGAUACCAUUUCAACUACCAAAUGUGUCUGAAACCGUUACUUUUAAGGAAGAAGAAAAAGCCAAUAGUAGAAGCAAUGAUAAAGUGGUCUCAAAAAGUAGUAAAAUCAAUGAUAAAGCGGUCUCUGUAUCAGACAGCCAAGAAUCGAGAUCAAUCGGGCACGACAAAGGAAAAAGUAACCAACGACGGCUUAAUGGUUCCCUAAUCGUUCUCGGAAAAGACAAAUCUGUUGACUCGAGACUUAUAGAGCUGCUGGAUCAAAAUACUCCGACGAACACCGACGAAAUUAAGGCUAAUGAACCGACCAUAAGAUCUUCCUUGAAAAAUGACAGAGGAGCCGACGAGUUGGCUGAUGAAACUACGAAAGACGUUAAUCCUGUCGAAAGGGGCAACAAGAUCGUGGACAAUCCUGAAGAUCGAGUGUCAGAAGAUUCUACCACCUUGAGCACGAUUCUGAUCAACGAUCGUUUUUCAAAAGAACGAAAGUCCAGAUCGUCGAAAAUUGGAACCUCCAUGAAGCUUAGACGUAAUUUCACUAUGGAGGUCGAAGGCACGGUAGUUAGCGAAACUUCCACGUCGAUACUGAAUAAACAUGGGGUUGGUCAAAAUAACGUUCCGACCCUAAACAUCGAUCCUACGCUGCCAGAAACUGGUAACGAUACAACUGUCGCUUCGCAAGUUACGUUGAACGAUUCAUUGGAAUUUGUCUCGAGGAAUUCGUCCAUCGUACUGACUUUAAUGGAUCAAACUACAAAGGAUUAUUUUCUUACUACAAACAACGUAAUGCUUUCAUCGACUGAAGUCGAUCAAAUGCAAAUGGACAUCGAAACGUCGACCAUUUCGUUAAGUAACGACGAGGAUCAGUUAUUGAGUUUCGAUACGAUCGUCACGUCAUUGGAACCGAAUGACGAAGACUCUCGUGUGACGGAAGAUGUGCCUUUACGUAAUAUGGAUAAUUCCUCACACAAACUGCAGUCGGAGGAACCUCCGUGGCCAGUUAAACACAGCGCUGUGGUAGAAGGUGAUUUAGUGUUGGGUGGUUUGAUGAUGGUGCACGAGAGAGAGGAUUACUACACUUGCGGUCCAGUGAUGCCACAGGGUGGUGUCCAAGCACUCGAGGCUAUGUUGUAUACCUUAGACACGCUUAACGAUCGUGAAAUCGUGCCCGGUGUCAAGAUUGGUGCACACAUUCUCGACGAUUGCGACAAGGAUACAUAUGGCUUGGAAAUGGCUGUAGAUUUCAUCAAAGGAUCGAUAAGCAAUAUAGACGGCGCUGAGUACAACUGCAAUAAAACUGCAGUGCGAAAAGUUAUCAGUGGAGUCGUUGGUGCAGCAAGCUCGGUCACAUCCAUCCAAGUAGCAAACCUUCUUCGACUCUUCCGAAUACCGCAGGUCUCCUUCUUCUCAACCAGCCCGGAACUGUCCAACAAACAACGCUUCGAAUAUUUCUCGCGUACAAUACCGAGCGAUCACUAUCAAGUAAAAGCAAUGGUGGACAUCGUGAGGAAUAUAGGGUGGCGUUACGUAUCUAUUAUAUACGAGGAAAGCAAUUACGGAAUUAAGGCGUUCGAAGAGCUGGAAGAGCUGCUGGGAAAGUACAACAUAUGCAUCGCCAUUAAGGAAAAAUUAGUGAAAGAUUCUGGUGUUGCCGAAGAGAAGGCUUACGACGAGAUAGUCUUGAAAUUGUUAACCAAGCCGAGAGCACGAGGAUGCAUAAUUUUUGGCUCGGAUCAAGAAGUUGCCGGAGUUAUGAGAGCCGUUAGACGCCUCAAUGUAACCGGUGCGUUUUCGUGGAUCGGCAGCGAUGGAUGGAGCGCCAGAGGUUUAGUUAGCAAUGGUAACGAGCCGGAAGUCGAAGGUACUCUAUCGGUUCAACCUCAAGCCAAUCCUGUCAAGGGUUUCGAAGAAUACUUCCUGAAUUUGACUGUCGAGAACAACCGAAGGAAUCCGUGGUUUGUUGAAUUCUGGGAAGACCAUUUUCAAUGUAAAUACCCGAACUCAUCCGUAACUCCGUACAAUACGAAGUACACGAAACCCUGCACGACCAAAGAACGUUUAACGAAACAGAAUACAGCGUUCGAGGAUCAACUUCAAUUCGUUUCCGAUGCUGUCAUGGCGUUCGCCUAUGCCUUUCGAGAUAUGCAUAAAGACCUUUGCGGCGGAAAACCUGGACUUUGCGACGCGAUGAAACCUACUAAUGGCACGGAGCUCUUAAGGUAUCUUCAGAAAGUAUCCUUUGAAGGUCUAAGCGGUGACAUGUUCAAAUUCGACAAGAACGGAGACGGGCCAGCUCGAUACAACAUCAUACACUUCAAACAGGUAGAACCUGGCAAGUAUAAAUGGGUUCGAGUCGGCAAUUACCUCGAGGGUACAUUAGAUUUGGAUAUGCCCGAAAUCCAAUUUAAACUUGGACAUCCUCUGCCACCGGAAAGCGUGUGUUCUCUACCCUGCGAAGUCGGCCAAGCAAAGAAAUACGUCGAGGGUGAGAGAUGCUGUUGGCACUGCUUCAACUGCACUCAAUAUCAGAUACGACAUCCAAUAGACGAGAACCAAUGUAUUCCCUGUCGUCAAGGUACAGUACCUGACGACAUGCAUUCUACUUGUCGUGAUAUCCCCGAGGAAUUCCUACGACCAGAAAGCGGAUGGGCGAUAGGGGCAAUGUCUUUCUCUGCCACAGGGAUUCUAAUAACUUUGUGCGUCUGCGGCGUGUUUCUGAAGCACAACGAUACACCAGUAGUUCGUGCAUCUGGUCGCGAGCUAUCAUACGUCCUGCUGUCCGGCAUUCUGCUUUGUUAUCUCGUUACGUUCACGCUUGUUCUCAGACCGACGGACAUCGUUUGUGGCAUUCAAAGAUUUGCCGCUGGUUUCUGUUUCACCGUCGUCUACGCUGCGCUUUUAACGAAGACAAAUCGAAUAUCGAGAAUCUUCAAUGCGAGCAAACACAGCGCCAAGAGACCAUCUUUCAUAUCUCCACGAUCACAACUGAUCAUUUGUUCCGGUUUAGUCUUCGUACAAAUUUUAGUUAACGGUGUCUGGAUGAUAAUCGAUCCAGCUAAAGCGAUGCAUCAUUACCCAACCAGAGAAGACAAUUUGCUCGUUUGUAACAGUUACAUCGAUGCCAGUUACAUGAUCGCCUUCGCCUAUCCUAUCAUGUUGAUCGUCGUUUGCACCGUGUACGCUGUUCUUACCAGAAAAAUCCCUGAAGCUUUUAACGAGAGCAAACACAUCGGUUUUACGAUGUAUACUACGUGUGUGAUAUGGCUGGCUUUCGUACCGCUGUAUUUUGGAACGGGAAACAAUGUCGCGUUGAGAAUCACCUCGAUGUCAGUCACUAUAAGCUUAUCCGCAUCCGUAACUAUAGCGUGUCUCUUCAGUCCUAAGUUGUACAUCAUUUUAAUACGACCGGACAGGAACGUGCGUCAAAGUAUGAUGCCAGCUAGAUACAGCACGACGAAAAGUUCUGCAGUCACCGCUACCAACGCUUCUAGCAUGAUAGCGCCAGUUACAUUGACUGCGGCUACCUGCGACCAGAAUAAAGCUGUCAAGAAACACAUUGCCACUACUAUAGACUGCUCGACUCAAAGCGAAUAUUACGAGCUGAAGGAUCAGAAAAAUGGCAAACCAUCACCCCCUGUCGUUUCCCGAUCGACUCAGACUACUACCAAUAACGACAAAGAUUCGAAUGCAGUGAUAUCAAGCAAAGAAUCGAAGGAAAGUACCACAACAACGAAACAAUUGAAUAACAACGCGAGAAUAGGAAACGGGCCAGUAAAUCAGAGUGAGGUUUCAUUAUAGCAUCAAGUUUCCAUAGAAUCAGCAAUUUUGCCGGCGACUUUGAAACCAAUUUCAAAAAAACCCGUGGUAGUUUGAAGGGACGCAAAAUGAUAUUAACAAAUAUGACGUCUCGAUAUUUUGUAAAUACGACUGAACGUGCUUCAUCAUAUCGAUAUCGAUACGCAUCGUACGUUAAAAUUCUCUUUAAGGCUACGCUUUGAACGAUGUUAUGGUUGGAUGAAGAUGAACGUGCAAAAAAUAUCGUAUAAAUUCUGCUACCGUACGUUGGAAACGAAUUAUAAACGAUAUUGAAAAUUCGUCUCGUGUAUGGGCGACGCUGUUAGCGAAAAAAAAAGAAAGUAUCUCAAAUGGAAUUGAAUUAUCGAGAAACAGGAUAAAACAUAUGGAACGAAAAGAUAUUUGGAGAGUAUUUAAGAAAUUGGGAACAUCGAUUUUGUUAAUUACCAUAAAUACAAGAGAUCACGAAAGCGCUAGACGCAACAAAUUGCACCGUGCCAGACGCAUAAUUAUCAAUCAUGAUCAAUUGUUAAGUGGCGUUUUAAAAACUGCUCUGGUUUCUUCUGUGAUCAUAGCGUAAUACACGUAAUAAUCACGUGAAAUACAUAAAUCUAUUUUGUACAUACACUAUCAUUUCAUAACGUUUGUGCACAUUAACAUGAACCAUUUGUCGGUUAAUUGAAUUAAUUGAAAUAUUGUAAAUAUCGUUAGUCGAAUUCGUUAUUGUGUAUAAAAGAAGAGGAAGCAGGUUACGUAUGUAGAAAAUAUCGUUGCCAAAUACGAUUACAUCUAAACCAUCUUCUAUUAAGAAUUUUUGUAAGGGAAAUAUUUAAAAAAAAAUAAGUAAAGAAAGAAACGAUAAUCGUUCGAGAAUAUUAUUCGUCGAUUGUUCUGUACAUAAAUUUCUCUCUGUAAAUAUUCAAUGAAAUAACACACACAUAGGUCAUUCGAAAGGAUAAUUAUACGAUUCGAAGCUAACAGCUAACAAUAUCCUUAAAAAAAGAAUUUCCAAGUGUGACUGUACGAACGUAGACUCUUAAAUAAUCGUUUCUCCUUUUUUUCGAUAUUUUCUCUGCAGACUAUAGGAAUUGCUACACGUAGAAUUAGAAAAAAAAACGAUGCAAAGAUUGCGUAUCGAUCGGAAACAUCGUGAAACGUUUCCUCGUAACAUCUAGUCACCCUAAUUUUAAUCUAACGUUAACGCUUGAUCUCUACAUAACGAAAGAGAAAAUUUAAGCAAACCAACGAUGAAACAUAUGUUUCGUAGACACUCUAAUGUACAUACAUACGUUAAGAACUCCUUUUCGUAGAGUCGCGGUCAUACGAUAAACAUAUCCAAUUUAACUCGUGUACGUAGUUGUUUUUCGAUAGCGUUAAUUAUUCAAGAAAUAAAAGUUGUCGACUACUUCAAACAAUUCGUUCUGAACCGUUUUAUAUAGCGUCGACCUAUUCCCGCGCGUGUGUAUAAAAGAUUUGUAAACGUUUUGAAUUUUUAUAGAAUCGAAAAGGGUGUUUUACGUGUCGUACUUUGGAUACAAAUAAGCCCAGUAUCCAUCGUUCGGCGCUGACCCUGUGUUUCUUUAAAAAAGCAAAAUCAUAUUCAACAACGAUGCUUGAUAAGAUAAAAAGUUUAACAAAUAGCCGAGCGUUGGAGUUAGUUAACAAUUUCAUUCAAUAAGGAAAUUCUGGACAAAUGAGAAGCGUAACCACUAUAUAUAUGAUACAAAUACGUGGAACGUAAAUGUAUUUUGACUGUUGUUCGAACGAUUACAUUUGAUUUGAGAGUAUGUAAAUACAUUGAAAAUAUGUGAUUGUAGGUAUAUAAAGACGAUACCGUUAAGUAUUAAGAUAUGAAAACGAAAACAUUAGUUCGUACGGAACCAAUUUAGCCGUAAUUAAUUCCAUAAGAGUUAAGACGAAUGCAAGAUUAAAAUGUCACGCGUUGACGAAUUUUACGAUGCGAUGCAAUGACAAUGUCGAGAAAGGAAGAAAGAGGGCUCUAAACUAGUUCGCGCGAACUAUUUACGAUUUAAGGAUAUUUUAAAUACGUACGAACACUGCAGUAGAAAGACACAAAUUUACAUGAUGUGACAUUAAAUUGUAUGUAUGUAUUCGUUGAAAUGAUCGAAAGAUAACGAGAAAGAAAAAGACUCGUCGAAAUAAAAUCACGAUCGUGAAAAUUA